CUUCACACAGUGUUCGACAUGGAGAGGUCCGUUAAACUGGCUUUAGUAAUUGUAGCUAUUUCCAUGCUGGUUUCUUGCAACCCAACCGAAGCAUGGUACAAGCAAGUUUCCGGCCCAAGCUACUACUCGGUGGGCAGAGCAUCGGGUUUGCUGUCGGGGAUCCGGAGAUCACCAUAUGUUAGGAGGUCCGAGACCGAUUCGGUGGCGGACAGCGGAGAGUCUACGGUGAACAGCAUCCUCUCGGAACCGAGCAGUCGACUGAAUUCGGUCCUUAAAUCUAUGGCUAUUUGUAUCAAAGAUAUCACACCGAAUCUGCAGAGCUGCGAACUUGUUCAGGAUGGCUCAAGGUUAUUUCAAUGUAAAGCAGACGUGUUCGUAUCGCUCGACUCAUUGGACUGUGUGGAAGCAUGAUCAGCACCACGAACGUGGAUGGACUGAUAAUGUUCGAUGGAACCGAAUGUUUCUUAUUUUCACAAAUAUGGCACAAAUGUUGUGUGAAUGUCUGUUUUAGCAUACUGCCAUGCGCAGUCUGACUACCACUUCCCCUAACGGGUAAUAGCCAAUUUGUCUGUUAAAUCAUAUU